GGAGGAUGCAGGGGGUGAAAGGUUUGUGUGGUCCUGAAUGGCUCCACAAGUAUCAACCCUUGAUUCUGCAAGUGUGGAAUAUAACAACCAGAAGCAGAGCACAGCCACUUUUUCAGCCUUCUCUACUCUCAAAGAAUCUUUAAUUUUGCAGCACACUUCAGAGCUAUAGAAAGGAGACUUCUUCGAUCAUCCAACUUAAUUUUUCGUCAGUCCUACUUUGCUCGGUCACCAAGGCAUAGCAUGGAAGCCACUGCCAAAUUUGAUUUCAAUGCCUCUGGAGAGGAUGAACUGAGUUUCCGUACUGGGGACGUUCUGAAGAUUUUAAGCUCCCAGGAAGAGUGGUACAGAGCCGAGCUGAGAAGUCACGAGGGGUAUGUCCCCAAGAACUUCAUAAAUAUUCACAUUCCCAUCUGGUUUAAUGAAGGGAUAUCCCGCCAUGAAGCAGAGAACUUACUCAUGAGCAAAGAAAUUGGCUCUUUUAUCAUCCGAGCCAGCCAGAACUCCCCUGGUGACUUCUCCAUCUCCGUCAGGCAUGAGGAUGAUGUCCAGCACUUCAGGGUGAUGAGGGAUACAAAGGGCAACUACUACUUAUGGACAGAGAAAUUCCAGUCACUAAACAAAUUGGUGGAAUACUACAAGACCUCCUCUAUCUCCAGGCAAAAGCAAAUCUUCCUGAGAGAUGGGAGCCAAGAAGAAAAGGGAAGACGUGGUGGAAGCCUAGAACGGGGGGCACCGGAAGGACUCCGCCUGAGUGGAGCAGCUGGAGAAAUCCGAGCAUCAGUGUCUAAGAGAUAUGUAGAUCACUCACCAUCCCAGCAGCAGCAGCAACAGCACAGAAGUGGUGGAAGCUUGGAUAGGAACGAUGUCUGUCAUGGCCUCAGAGACUACGGAGAAGGAAGUGCAGCAUCCAUGUACCGGAGACCCACACAACCAUCCCUUCAACAACCACAGCAAAUACUAUGGGCCCAGGCCUUAUAUGACUUUGAGGCACUGGAGUGUGAUGAGCUAGGAUUCCGCAGUGGAGACAUCGUAGAAGUCUUGGACAACUCUAACCCCUCUUGGUGGAAAGGGCGCCUGCACGGCAAACUGGGUCUCUUCCCAGCCAACUAUGUUACACCAGUGACCCGGUGAAUCUGCAGCACUCCAAGAUAGUUUGGGAUGGAACUGCUCUGGCAUGUCAGGGGCAGAGAGAACAUCUUCCAUGCAGCCAGAACAUAUGAUGUUUUUAUUACAGUAAUAAUUUAUUGGCAGUUUAUCCGUUGAUGGGUUAAUAUUAAAGUGACUUCUGGAGAGGAGUAGAGGGUUCUCUCUCCUUUUUAUACCCACAUGUUAGAGGGAGCAGGAAUUCUGGAUUGUCCAUGUGGUCUUGCUGGAUGCUGUCUGCACUGCUGUCAUUUUGGCAAAAUAUUGCUAGCUCAGACUUUGCUAAAUUAGAUAAGUCACAAGGGAACCCACCUCAAGCAAAGCAGGUUUUAACUUGUAGGCAGCUUCACCUCCUCCAACAUCUGAGUACCACCUUUUGGAUCUUACAGCACACUGUUUAGUAGAAGAAGGAAUGUGGUCCUGCAGACUGUUGUACAGAAUAAUUAAUGUGGAACCAAUAUGGAGGAGGGGGGGGAAACCAAGUUCUUUGCAGCUCCUGAUAGACCUACCCUCAUGCACUCCUGACCAUACCACAAAUACUCCUGUCUACUGUCUGAGCUGCCUUCCAAGAUAUCCUGUACUUUCCAUUAAACAUUCCUGUCGGGGCCUGGCUUUUCAGCCAAACCAAUAGUCAACAACUGUGAAAACAGUGGAUGUCACCAACAGUCUUGUUUAACUAUAAUAUUGUUAGUAGUAUGUUGCUGCCUAAAAGUAAGUACUCCUUCUAUAUUUUUGGGAACCUGGAAUGCCUGUGUUUAUAAUUUUGAGUUGCUGGGAACAUGUAUCAUCCACCUCUGUCUCUGUGAAACCACACACAUACACACUCAAAUCCACAUAUGUGUAUUUUCCUGCAAGGGUAUUUGAUUGUUCAGGGAUAUCAGAAGUCAGGCAACUAUAUAUGGUAGCACAGUGCUGCUUUUACAAAUUGUCCCAAUUUCACACCCCUGAUUUCUCACCCACCUCAUUCAUGGCCUCUACUUCCACAUGCAUAGCUUCCUUGUCACCUCUCCUCAGUAGCCUUCUCACUGGACUCUACUUAUCGAUAAUACUAUAGUGCCAGAAGCAAUCUCUAGUUAUUUCAGUCCAUUAGAGAUGCCUGAUUCUAGGCAAGGCUCCUGCUCUACUUAUGGGAAUGCAAUGAAUAAUGUUGCUAUCAUAAUACAACCUCCUUAUAUAUCUGUUUCCUUUGAACUAAAUAAAGUAAAUGUACAAUACCUUGGAAACAAGUUUAAGAGUAAAUUAAAAAACAAAACAAAGGAGAGUUGUAGAAAUCACCAGUAAGGUUACACACUUCAAAUAUACACUUAAAAUUAUCAAAACCUUGAGCAAAAGCCCUGGGUCACUGCUACUCAUGCAAGUUGAAAUUUAGCAAGCUGCCUGAACAAAAGAGUUUCAUACCAUGUUUAAGACCUCAGGAGUCAGCAAGGAACUACAGGUUUCAGUUUAUUUGGCAAGAAAGAAAACACAAGUAACAAAACUAAAUCAGACUCAUCAGUAAAAAUGGGCUUGAUAAAGGACAGAACCAAUAGGAAGAAAAGAAAAGAGGAUCCAGGCUGAGUGCCAUCCGUUGACAUGACAUAAAUACCAUUGUCACAAAAUAUGUGACGUUUCCUGUUCUUGAGCAGUAUGAAACUUUUCAAGAAAGCUUGACAAAUAUGGCCAGAAGUAUUGGUUGCUAGGGGAUCAAUGAAGCAGAAAAUUUUACAUGGAUCUUCAGUCUCAUGUGUAAUGAGGGACAGCUAGUCAGUUUAAUGGAUGCAAGCAGAACUCCACUGUCGUGGGUGCCAUGAGAGGGUUGGCGUAGGGGUACAGUGGCUGAGAGGAGCCCAAUCACCUCCAUAAACAAAGCCAAUAUUUUCCCACCACACCACAGAUGACAGAGUAUGGCUGGUCCCAGCCCAUCCCCCCAGCCCAGUAUGGGACUGGGUGCUGCUGUUUUCUAUUUCAGAGCAGCUGUUCCAGGAAAAGGACAAUGAGGCCUUGCCCUGGGCAGCUGUGAAGGGGACAGCCUAAUUAUGGAAUUUUACUUUUUAUCCAAAAGCUUCCAGAGAACUAAGCAGUCCCUGGACUCCCACUGAAA